AUGACUGAAAGUGAAGAUAAUUACGAGAACUCAAUAGAAGAUAAUGACUCGGAAAGGUUGGCUAUUAGGAACGAAUUAUCGUCGUUGUCUUUCGAAGACCUUCAAAAAUUAAAAGAAAGAGUUGGCGCAAAACUUUAUAAAGAAGUAGUUUUUGGGAAAAAGGAUAAUGUACGAAGCACACCUAAAGUUUAUAAGCGCGAAAAUAAAAAUAGGCCUAGAGAGAUGAGUUCGAAGAGACCAGUGCCAUUUUUGAAGGAUGUAGUUACAGUACCAAAGCAGAAAGAAAUUCGUGAUCCCAGGUUUGAUCCCUUAUGUGGUGAGUUUGACAAAAAGCAAUUCGCUGAAAACUACAGUUUCCUUUCGGACAUUCGCAUAAAAGACAUAAAAACUAUCAGAGCAGAACUUAAAGAGACUACAGAUCCAGAAAAAGUCUUAAAGUUAAAACGUCUACUGCAACGGCUUAAUGAACAGCACAAAGCUGGUAGAAAGGCUAGAGUCGAGUUACAGAAAAUGGAGAAACAGAAGGAGGAUGUAGAGAAAGUGUUUAGAGAAGGCAAACAGCCUUACUUUAAAAAUAAGUCGGAAUUACGCGUAGAAACUUUGGUGAGACAAUAUGAGGAUCUAAAGAAAGAAGGUACUGGUCGUAUUCAACGCCAUCUUAAACGUCGGCAGCAAAAAUUGAAAAAACGCUCACAUAAAGCACCAAAAGGAGUCAGUUAA